GGACCUCAUAUCCCAGGCAUCAAUGUCAAUGCGCCGCCCUCCUAUGCGGGUCUGAUGCCUGUAGCACCCGACUUUGACCUUUCGGAGCAGAAUCUCAAGCAGCUGCGAUAUGGCAACUAUGAGAAUGGCACACGUGCCCUCUUCUUUUGGCUCUGGCUGGCUGAUGAAAAGGCACUCGACUUCAGGAACUUGGUCAUCUGGCUCAGUGGUGGGCCAGGAUGCUCUUCCCUUGCAUACGGCAUGUUUGAGGAGACUGGCCCCAUCGAGCUACGGGACAAGAGCAAAGGACCACGACUGCGCAGGCUUACCAGCUGGACCUCGCGUGCCAAUGUCCUCUAUGUUGAGCAGCCCAUCCCUACAGGCUUCUCCACGGGCAAGGCCGCCUCGGCUGAUGACUUUGCGGCUUCCUCGGAGUUCUACCACUUCUUGAACAACCUCUUCCAGGUGUUCCCCGAAGUCAUCGUCGAUGAUGAUCAGUUCCUCUACCUCGUCGGAGAAUCUUACGGUGGCAUAUAUGUCCCUUACCGCGCCAGUCAGAUUCUGUCAUCUGUCGAGACCUGGGGUCUCAAGGGUAUUCUGCUCAUCAACGGUCUUCUGGGCGACUAUACCGCCACCACUCCCGUGGUCACUUGGGAUUUUGUCAAGGCCAACAACGACAAGUGGCUCCACAUCCCCGCAGCAAAUCUUACCGUCAUCAAGAACGCCUCUGACACCUGUCACCUCACUGACUACUACGCCAAGAAUGUGCGCUUCCCACAGACUUCUCACAUGCUGCCAUACGGAAGAGACGACAGGUGCGACGUCUGGAACACAUACACCUCAGCGGCCCAGGCGGUGAACCCCGAGUUCAACAUCUAUGACAUUCGCUGGCAAGACCACGAGCAUGGCUUUGCCGACAAUACCUACUUUGGUGAUCCGAACAGGGGAGGCGACAGCAACCCGCUCAACCGCACCGAUGUACGCCAGUACAUUCACGCGCCCGUUGGCAAGCCCUUUUACCCUUGCACUCCCGACUAUCUCUACCCGGCAGGCAACUCCAAUUUGAAUCCAGCCAGGUCAAUUCUGCCUUAUGUAGUGGAGAAGCUGGACCGCACCAUUGUUGCCACGGCGCAAUACGACUCGAUCAUCAUCUCCAAUGGGACUUUCUUGGCCCUGCAGAACAUGACUUGGGCUGGACAGCUGGGCUUCCAUGAUGAUGGACACAAUCGAGCUUUCUUGAAUGCAGAGGGCAAAAAGGCAGGAAGCUACACCGAGAGGGACAACUUGGCCUUUGUCAGGGUUGCCGAGAGCGGACACAUGAUCCCAUCCGAUGAUCCCCAGUCUGGUCUUGCGCUGCUGGAUGCUCUACUCGGCCGUCGAGAU